AUGAAUGUAUUAAUUUUAUUGGUUUUCCUAAUCCAAAUUUGUCUCGCCCAAUAUGGAAUGUAUGGGGGAUACGGUGGCUAUGGAGGUGGCUACGGUGGUUAUGGUGGUUACGGUGGUUACGGUAUGCCAUACGGCAUGGGCGGUCCAUUCAUGGGGAAUGGCAUGUAUGGAUACGGUAACCCCAUGAUGAAUGGGAUGGGCGGUAUGUAUGGAGCCGGUGGGUGCAUGGAUAUGAAUCCGCAGUGUUCGGUUUGGGCAAGUACUGGUCAAUGUGCAUCGAAUGCGAUUGUAAUGCGGCAGACUUGUGCGUUGUCUUGUGGAACUUGUGCCUCUGGUCUUGGCGGUCUCGGCGGUAUUGGUAAUCUCGGAACAUCAUCCAUCUACUCCCCAUAUGGAGGUCUCGGCGGUCUGGGCGGUCUCGGAACCGGUGGAUUAGACCAGUAUCCACUGUCACAGUUCAUCGGACGAUCUAUUUAUGAAACUGGACUUCUAAAUCGACAGCCUUCCCCUCAUUCGUCGAAAAACAUUGGGAUUAUAACGAAAGCGAAAAGUGAGCAGUUACCUAGUCGGAGAUAG